GGCGGCGGCGGCCGGCGUGCGGGAGCCGGCUCGGAGCGCGGGGCUGGGGUGCGGGGCGCGGGGCGGCGGGCUGAGGAAGGGGGGGCGGCUCGGCAGCUGUCGGGUCUCGCCGGCCCGCGUCUCGGGCGCUGCGGAUUUCGCAGCCUGACCGGCGGGCCGGGAAGGAAUUCGAGGCAUUCGCUUUGUUUAAGUUGCCCGUAGACAGUCCUGAGGACUAAUUAAUGGUGGAAUCUGCAGGGGGACACGCGGGCGAGCCCCCCGCCCCCCGCCGCCGCCGCCGCCUCGAACUUUCCGCAGCGCCGCCGGCCGCCCUGCGCACCCCGCCCCGCCGCCGGGCGGGUGAGGGAGCCAUGGCUUCCCGAAGCGCAGGAAUGAAGUGCGGUUUUUCAGGGGCCGGUGGCCUUUGGCUGCCGAGGCCUGGCGUGCGGGGAAACCGGAGUCCCGGCGGGUUGUCGGGCUGGGCUGUGCCGCCCGGUGCAGACCUCGGAGCGGCCUGCGGUUUGUGUUAAUUACCUCGGAGGAGGCUCUGCGAGCCUGGAAAGACCGCGUUGCUCCGGAGCAUCUGUUUCUUCAUCACGUCAGCCCCUUUCCUAACGCCGCGGAGCUUGUCGUGGCUUGUUUCGGAAAUGCCGAGGCCAGUGCUCACACUGCAGGGUGGGAGAAGGGGAGAGCGAGUGGGCACUCCUGACCGCCCCCCCCCCCCCAUCUCUGCAGUGCUUUUUUGCGGAAGGCCGGACGGAGACUGCUUGCAGAUUUUCGGUCGCACCUUCACUGACUUGGGAAUGACCUUGGGGAAAGGAUUGUGUUUCGGAGCGCCUCGUGGUGGCUUAUCUGUAGAUUGAGGAGAGAAUACUCUGGACUGCCCUGCCUUUUUGGGUUAUUGUGUGUGUGUGGGGGGGGGUGGUGGAGUUUGUUCAGGAUAUUUCUUUUACCUACUGCUGUGGUUCUGGCCUAAGCUACUGGACCGGUGACUGAGCCGGGAAGAAUUCAGAUCACCUAGGAAGAUUUAACCACUCCAGAUUAAGGGAGGGAGGGGUUUGGAUUUUUUAGGAGGAUAUUUCCUGUCAGAGAAUCUGUACAGUAUGUUCCAGAUUGCCUUCUGUCACUUUGUGUGCCUCUGUGGUGGCAUUCGUGUGGUUAAAUUGAAUAACUCCAUAGAAAAUUCUUCUCUUGUUAGAAAUAAUUGUUUUGCUCAGAAUUCCCCGUGGGACAGAUUAAGGUUUUGCUCAGUUUACUCAGAAGAAUUUUCCAGGUUUCUAAAAUUAAAUCACUUUUCUAAACAUAGUAACUCAGAUUGAAAAACUGGAAAUAGUGGAACGUGGAGGGAAUGGAUUGGAGUAUGAAUGAGGCAGCAGUUAGAGAUUCAGUGUUGAGGAGCAGUUAAUAAUAUGGGUUGUUAAUUAGGCUUCUUUGAUUACUUUUUUAUUUUAGUAAUUUGAUACCAAGAGAGAACCAUUGUUGAAUUGCCUACGGUCCACCCAAUACUGCUAGGCGGUGGAUGCUUGCUAUAUAUCUCAUGCUGGCCUUCAACUCAGUAGGUAGGUUAGACUGGACUCAAAACUUGUGAUCCUCCAACCUCAGCCUCCUAGGUUUAAAAUGCUGUGGUUACAGGUCAGAGACAACUGCUAUAGAAAGAUAGUGACUGUUUCUAAGACAACAAACAUUGGGGGACCAGGUUGAAGGACUGACAGAGAGCGUCCAACCACCUAAAUGACUGAUAAUGGUCUCCAGUUGUCAAAGAAGCUUGUGGAUGCUAGGAGAAAGGUAACUGUUUCUCAGCCCUCAAGUGUGCCUGGAUUCCCCCUGGAGCCCGCAGUGGCUGGUAGUAGACAUGGCGGAGUUUGCGAGCUACAAGGAUUCUGCUUCCAGCCGCCAUUUGCGGUUUAAGUUACAAAGCCUAAGCCGCCGCCUGGAUGAGUUGGAAGAAGCCACCAAAAACCUCCAGAAAGCGGAGGAUGAGCUUCUGGACCUCCAGGACAAGGUGAUCCAGGCGGAAGGCAGCAACUCCAGCAUGCUGGCUGAGAUCGAGGUCCUGCGCCAGCGCGUGCUGAAGAUCGAAGGGAAAGAUGAGGAGAUCAAGAGAGCAGAGGACCUGUGCCAUGUGAUGAAGGAGAAGCUGGAGGAGGAGGAGAACCUCACCCGGGAGCUGAAAGCUGAGAUUGAGCGGCUGCAGAAACGAAUGGCCGAGUUGGAGAAGCUGGAGGAGGCCUUCAGCAGGAGCAAGAAUGACUGCACCCAGCUUUGUCUGAGCCUCAACGAGGAGAGAAACCUGACCAAGAAAAUCUCCUCGGAGCUGGAAAUGCUCAGAGUCAAGGUGAAAGAACUGGAAUCUUCCGAGGACCGCCUGGCUAAAACUGAGCAGAGCUUGGUGUCAGAGUUAGAAAAACUGAAAUCGUUAACUCUGAACUUUGUAAGUGAGAGAAAGUACUUGAGUGAAAAAGAGAAAGAAAACGAGAGGUUGAUAAAAGAGCUCACUCAGAAACUGGAGCAGAAUAAGAAGCUGACCCGCGAGUACACGCGGAACGCCUCCCAUCUUCUCGACAGGAACGACCUGCGGAUCGAGGACGGCAUCGCGGCCGCUCUGGCCGGCAAGGAGUCCAGAAGGAAGGGCGCGCUCGACUACCUGAAGCAGGUGGAGAACGAAGCGAGAAACAAAACGGAAAACGAGAAGAACCGCAAUCAGGAAGACAACAAAGUCAAAGACCUGAACCAGGAGAUCGAGAAACUCAAGACCCAAAUGAAACAUUUUGAAUCUUUGGAGGAAGAGCUGAAGAAAAUGAGGGCCAGAAAUAAUGACCUUCAGGAUAAUUUCCUAAGUGAACAAAAUAAAAACAAGCUCUUAGCCAGCCAACUGGAAGAGAUAAAGCUCCAAAUCCAGAAGCAGAAGGAGUUAGAGAACGGGGAGGUGGAGGGGGAAGAGGCGUUCGUGGCCAGCAAAGGCCGGCACGAGAGGACGAAGCCGAGGGGCCCCCGGGGCGAGGCGCCCGCGCCCCGGCAUGUGGCUCGCGAGCUGUCCCCCCAGCACAAGCGGGAAAGGCUCCGAAACGACUUUGCCCUCAACAACGAAAACUACUCUUUGAGCAGCAGGCAGGCUUCCUCUCCCAGCCUGGCCAGCAGGAGGGCAGCCAAAGCUUCCAGCGCAGCGGCGGACAGCGGGACCUCGGAGACCAAGAGGCCCGAGGACCGGGGCGAGGGGAGGAAGGCCCGGGAGCAGCCGCCCGUGCUGAGCCGCUACCCGCCCGCCGCUCAGGAGCACGGGAAGGCUUGGAAGGGAACGUCCAAGCCAGGGACUGAAAGCGGAGCGAAGGGGAAAGUAGAGAAGGCAACGCGGACGUUCAGCGACUCCACUCAUGCAUCCGUUCCCAGUGACGCUUCCGGUAGAGCUGAGAAGGCCCCGGAUGCCGCGAGCGAGCACUUGGGCAAGAGGGCCCCGGCGCUGGGCAGCGGAAGCCAGGUGCCCCCGGCCUCAGGCACCGGCUGUGCCAAGACUGCCGGCGGGCUGGCCUCCUCGCGGAGAUCCUCCUCGGAAGGGCUGGCCAAGGGCAAAAAGGCUGCCAAUGGUCUGGAGGCGGAUGCUGGGUUCCCCAGUGCCAAAGCCCCCAUUUUAGCCAAGUACCCUUACACCUCCAGGAGCCAGGAGAGUGUCGUGCAGGGCCUCUUGGCCGCGCACAGGGACGGCACCGAGCAGCCGGUCGCCGGGGCAGAGGACGGCAGCGGCGAGCUCGAAGCUCUGCGGUGUCGCGUCGUCAAGUGCUGCGGCCGAGUGAAGCCAGACUCAGACGACGAUCUGGACACGACAUCUCUGGUCACCGCCAAGCUGGUCAAUACGACCAUCACUCCGGAGCCGGAGCCCAAACCCACGCCCACCUCCCGAGACAAGGCCAGAGCCCGCGGGGGCGCCAGGGCCCUGCUCUUUGAGAACGAACACAAUGCUGGGACAGAAAAUGAACCUGUGAAGCCCGUCAGGGCCUCCACCAAUGCCACGGAAUUCCCGGACACCAAUGGGGCCGGGGGCAAGAGCCAAAGGCCCUUUAGCCCCCGAGAGGCCUUGCGGUCCCAAGCGGUCAUCAAGCCCGUUAUCAUUGAUAAGGACGUGAAAAAGAUCAUGGGAGGAUCGGGAGCAGAGGCCGUGUUGGAGAAACAGAAACCCAACUCCAAGUCCGCGUCCAACACGGUGACCAGCAGCAUCACCAUUUACCCCUCCGACGGCAGCCCUCGGGCCGGCCCCGGGGAGGCACACCGGGACAGGCACACGGCCACCAGCAACAUCCAGCUGGGGCCCCCAGACCUGGCCUCCGGCAGCAACCACGUGAGCUCCCCAUUCGAGCUCUCCCUUCACAAACACGACCUCACCUUGCAGCUCGCCGAAGCCGAAAGAGCAGGAGAUGGCGCCGCAAAGACAAGGCCAGAAACGGUGGUGUCUCGGAGCAGCAUUCUGAUCAAGCCCUCGGAUCCGGUGGAGAGAAACAGCCAUAGCUCCCCUGCGGAGACAAUCAGGUGGAAAAGCCAUAGCGCCCCCUCGGAGGGGGGCUCCGCGGACACCAGGCACGUGACCGUGCGCAGUGCCUGGAAGAGCAAGCACGACCCCAAGUCCUCAGAAGAUGCCUCGCCUCGACGAGGGAGAAACAUGGAGUCUCCCAAUGCCUACACCCAGAGGUCGUCCACAGACUUCUCCGAACUGGAGCCGCCCCAGGCCGCCCUGUCCGAGCAGGGCUUGCGGAGGGUGGGAAACGCGGGCGAUGCCCUCGAGGUCUCCUCCAGAAGGACCCAGAGUAGCCUGACUGUGUCAGAGGUGCUCACCCGGCGGAACCGGGCUGGAGACGCAUUCACGGCCGGGGCCUGGAGCCACCUGGCAGGCAAGGAGGAAGGUGAGGAUUGCACGCUCGGUGUCUGCAGGCGAGCGCACAACUCCCGGGAGCAGCCCGAACUGCCUGGGAAGCAGGGGCUGCCUGAGCCCGGCCGCCCGCGGCCCGAGGAGCGACUGCGGCCAGCCAGGCCUUGCGCCGAGGAGAACUGAGGCUGCGCGCUGCCCUCGCUCCUGCUGCUCAGCUCUCCCGCCUUCUGCCCGGGGAAGGAUCGGGAGCAGUUCACCGGCCACACAGGGCCCUGGCUGGGAGACUGGGGGAAAGCUGGGCUGUGGCCCAGGUCGUUUGUGCCAUUUGUCUGGAGAGGAUGAGAGACUACAAACCGGACUCGCCAUGCCCAGCCUUCCCCAGUGCACGAGUCCCCCCGCCCGUCCCCAAGGAGCGUGGACCCCCGGCUCCACACGGAGCUGUAGAAACCCUCCACCGUGGAAGCGCCCAGGCCCCGGUCUGCUCCCUGGUGGCUUCUGCGUCAUGGAGCAGCCCGGGUGGCCCAGCAAUUCUGUCUCCUCCCCACAUCCACUUGCUCCUUGUUUGCCCCGGGGGUUCAGCUACCCGCUCCCAGUUCCCAGCCAUCCGCUCCAGAUAUGGGGCGUCCAUUCCUUCCCCCUUUAACUUCCUUUCCUCAGACUUGGAAAGCAGCAGGGGUCCGUGCUGCCAGGGUUUACAAGAGCACCCUUAGGUGGAAGCUCCUCAACCUCCGCCCCUGGGUGACCCGUGCUGGGGCCGGGG